UCAGUAGGGCGGCUGUUGCUCUAUUCCACAUGAUUCAAUAUCUUCAACACAUGUAUACUUCAGUAGUCCGUAGGAAUUCACAGUAGUUAUCAAUCAAGAAUUUAUUUAGCUGUUCUAAUCGUAUAUACAUAAAAACAUAUUGGCAAUCGAAAAAUUAAAUAAUUCAAGUACAUUUAUUUUAACAAAACAUUAACAAUUUAAACUCAAAUACAUAUUUUUUGUAUAUUUUAUAAAUUUUUUUUAUAAUAAAAAGUCAAAUUAAAAAUUAAAAAUAUGGAAGAUCAUCCAUCCAAUGCUCCAAGUCGCUGCACGUGGACACCCAAUGGCAAUAAUCCACAUAUUCGUCGUAAUGUAUUCAAUGACAGAAAGAAAGUACAACCCAACAUUUUGGAGCUUAUCGGACAAACUCCGAUGGUGAAACUUAACAAAGUACCCCGGAACCAUGGAGUACAAUGUGAAAUUUUUGCUAAAUGCGAAUAUCUUAAUCCUGGAGGAUCCGUCAAGGAUCGUAUAGCAUAUCGAAUGAUUCAAGAUGCUGAGGAAAAAGGAUUUUUAAAGCCUGGUUAUACAAUAAUUGAACCAACCAGUGGAAAUACUGGAAUUGGAUUGGCUAUGGCUGCAGCAGCUCGAGGUUAUCGAUGUAUAAUUGUAAUGCCUCAAAAAAUGUCUAAUGAAAAAUUAUACACAUUACGAAUUUUGGGCGCUGAAAUAAUAAGAACUCCAACAGAAGCUGCAUGGGAUAGUCCUGAAAGUCAUAUCAGUGUUGCCGAGCGACUUCGCCGUGAGAUUCCAAACAGCAUAAUUUUGAACCAAUAUAUUAACUCUGGAAAUCCAUUGGCACAUUAUGAUCAAACUGCUGAAGAAAUUUGGCAACAAACUGAAGGAAAAAUAGAUUAUUUUGUAGCUGGUGCAGGUACUGGCGGUACCAUUACUGGAAUAGGUCGUCGACUUCGGGAAUUAUCUCCAAAAACAAAGUUAAUAGCUAUUGAUCCAGUUGGUAGCAUUUUAGCUGAGCCAGCUGUAACAGAUGAUCUUAAGAAAACGUUUUACGACGUUGAAGGUGUCGGGUAUGAUUUUAUACCAACGGUGUUGGAUCAUAAUGUCAUUGAUGAAUGGAUUAAAUGUAGCGAUUCUGAAUCGUUUAAUAUGGCACGUGAGUUAAUUAAAGAAGAAGGACUAUUAUGUGGUGGUAGCAGUGGCUCCGCUGUAGUGUCAGCUCUUAAAUUUGCUAAAAGUCUUUCCGCUGAUAAGAGAGUUGUUGUUUUACUUCCUGAUGGAAUUCGUAAUUACAUGACUAAAUUUGUUUCUGAUACUUGGAUGGUAGCACGAGGAUAUAUGACUCUACCAGCGCCUGAAGGAAAAGAAAAUUGGUGGAAUAAUACAAUUAGUAAAGAUAUGAUAAUUAAUCCUGAUACAUUGCCAUCGAAUAUUACUUGCAAAGAGGCAUAUGACAAAAUCAAUGCUGGAGGAACGGAAUUUCUAUUAAUUGUUGAUAAUAAUAAAGUUAAAGGCUACAUUACUUUACAGUCAAUUAGAUCAGGAAUUUUAAAUUCCACAGUUCAGUGGUCUGAUAAAAUUGAUGAUGUUAUGAUUAAACAGUUUUAUCAAAUACCGAAUACUGCAACGGUCGGACGGGUUGUAAAAGUUCUUGAAGAAGAAUUAUUUGUUGUUAUUGUCGAAGAAAUGGUUACUGACGAUAAAUUUAUAGGCAUUAUUACACAGAAAAACAUUUUUGACAUUAUUAAUUAACUGUGACGAACUUGAUUUAAGAUAAAUAUUUUUAUGGAGAUAUUCCAUUUUUUAUCAAUUUAUUGUUUGAUAUUUUCUUACAGCUUGAAUCACGGAAAGGGUAUGGAUCUCAUUUAAAAAUUAUCAGCACUAAUGACGAUUAAUUACAUAUGUAUUCGAGUGAAAAUAAAUGUUUAUAUUAAGCUUAUUAAAAAUAAAAAAAAAAUUAAUAACAUGAA